GAACCUCCCGUACCUGGUGCAGUUCGAAUAACAUUACAAGCACCAUCUACUCUUACCACUCCCUCUUAUUGUAACGGAUCACUGCCAUGCACUUUUUGGAGUUCUAAUCAAAUUCAAUACCCUUCUGAUAGUGCUGGUGUUGCAUUUUUUACUACAAGAGCGGCUGUAACGAAUUUUCCUAAUCAACCUGGAUGUAAUCCUUUUAAUGUUGCAUCUCCAACAAGUCAAUGUUUGGUUAACACAAGAAAUAAUCCAAAUAACAUAACCCUUCUGCCAAAAUCUUACAUUGCUGACAUCGAAAAUUACACU